AUGGAAAGGCCAUCCUCAAUAACCCCCAGACCAAUCCUCCCACGUCCAACGUCAACGCCAGUACCUCCCCCAGCACCAAACCCCGCCAGCGACUUCGGAAUUCCCCGCAGAUCCAAGGUCAUCUCAGCCUGCCAAGCCUGCAAGCUGAAAAAGACAAAAUGCGACGGCGAUCGCCCUGAAUGCGGGCCCUGUGUAUCCAAAGGUCGAAACUGCGAGUACCCAGUUCAGGGUAAUAGAACAGAAAUCAUCAUUAGACGACAGCAGGCUCUGCAGGAAAACGUCGAGUCGUUCGUGGCGCUGUAUCGGUAUCUUCAGGAGCGGCCUGCAAAUGAAGCUAGUAGCCUGUUUGACCGGAUCCGCGAUGGGUUUGGCAUCGAAGCGGCGCUUGAGUAUGUUAAAGCUCAUGGCAGCGGUUCUGGUCUGGUUUGCAGAGACGUGCCGAGUGCCAGGGUGAGAUGGAGUCAGCAGAUCUACGACUGCAAUUUACUCUUCGAGAACGAGCUUUUGUCAACCGAGAUGUCGGACGUGGCCAUCCAAGCCUUGCGAGAUGGCGUUGACUGCUUCUUCUUAUACAUGGGUAACAUGUUUCCUAUCUACACGAGGAAGGAAGCCGAUUUGAUUCUCGAUACUUUCCAAAAAGCCAAGCCAGAUCAGCUUGCGAGCAGAAAGAUUGCCUAUGGCGAGUUACUGGCUAUUUCCGCAUUGGGCUUCCAAUAUGAUCGGCAGACUCUACCCAACGGUAACGCAUCGGUUUGCACACCGUUCUACCAGAAAGCUCGGCUGUUUCUUGAUUACGUCAUAGAGCAGGCUCCUCUGCGGGCGAUGCGGAUAUGCUGUUGUUUGGGAAUCUACAAUGUCAUCGCCAAGUCAUCAUUGGCAAUCUCUUACACAGAUUGGGGUAUCCUGCUUGGCUCCUCAAGUGGACUUUGUGUUGGCAAGAAGCCGGCGGGUCUGUCCGAACAAGAUUUCAACGGGUAUAUUAAGACUUUUACGGCCCUUAUCACGAUACGGAGUUGGGUCACAGCUACUCUCGGGCACAUCCCCAGUCCAGAGGUCUCCCGAUGUGUCCACGAUACGAGAGAGCAGAUCGAUAAUACCGGUGCCCUUGAUUCUGCAGCUGAGGACCCCGUUCUUGGAGUCUUACAACAGAAGAUGGCCCAGAUCACGGUCCUAAAAGCCAACAUCGUCCGAACAGUGGCGUCUUUCAGGGUGUUGUCCACCACGAUACUGAGACAAAUGCAUGACGACCUUGACCAAUGGCGGUCUAGUCUCCCUGCUUACAUGCAUCUCGAGACCCUGAUUUAUACGCCAGAGAUAUCUCCGGACCAGCGCCGCGUGACGUUUUACAUGCACCUUUUCUACAUGUCUGCUCUCAUUCUGAAGACCAGAGCUGUGCUUGCAACUCAGAAGGAUAUAACGGCGUGUACCUGGGGUCUGGAAGCAAAAGCUGCUAUCCUCCAAGGCAUCCAAGCUGCGCGGAGCUCAGCUCGACUCCUCGGACUGAUCCUCGAGGAGAAGGCCGUGGUGAAGAACUGCUGGCUGACUAUGAUAGCACGUAGCUUCUACACACGGGUCACGAAGUAUCAAAGCCUCAUAAGAGAGUACCUGCCAGAACCCAAGCAGGACACGCAAGAGCACCUUAGUUCCUACGAAGACGGACCGUCAGACGGCGACUCGUACCUAUUUGUCGAAUCUGACGGCGACGUCAGCCUUCAUGACCUGAUGUACGAGCUACGAGAGCUGCUUUGCUAUCCUCUUACACUCUUGAAGAGUAGUUCUUAUGCCAACAUGCCGUAUCCUACUAUUUUUGAAGCAUCUGUCAACACUGAUAUUAACUUUGCUCAUCACCUCGCUUCACCGUUUAACAUGGCCGAGGAUGAGGUUCCGAGUGGCCUGUUCCCGCCUGAGGAUAGCCUCAAGGAGGGGCAUGACAUGACUGAGGGGUAUCUAACUGGCUCUGUACCUUUUGGAUGGGAUGCCUCUGCGUGGGGAGGAGAUCCUGGAGUUGGAAGCCCAAAUUGUACUUGA